CAAACAGAGAGAGGAGAAGGGGAGAGAGUGGACAGAGGGGGAGAGAGAGAAAAAGAGUCGAAGGAGCGAGACUGAGCUGUGUGCUGUCCGCGAUAACGAUGGUCGUGUGUCGGAUAGUCUUCAAGAGAUAAUGCAAUCAGCUGGUCGACUCUUCUAGAUCGCAACGGCGGGAGAGAUCAAUCGCCACACAUCCACAACUUACAGGAUCUUUAAGGAAGAGACCCAAACUGGCAUGCAAAUGAAGAUGUGCAAGGCAUUUCUUUCCCUGAAGCGAGAAUAACGGACAAUUGCGGUGAAUAAUAUUAAAGAAAAAGUGGGGAAUCCCUUUCCUGCAAAAGCCUCUGCCGCCGUCCUUCCUCCGGUAGACGUUGUAGCGCAAGGCAAUUGGUGCUGGGAUGUUUGAGUCGCGUUGCUUGGUGGGGUGAAGGAAUCGAGAACGUGGCCAGAGAGAGAGGAAGAGAGAGAGAGAGAGAGAAAGAGAGAGAGAGGGCGAGGAGGAAGAGAGAGGGGACGGAGCAUGGCUUUAGUAACGCUGUCUCUCUGGGUGCUAUCGACUCUCACCUGUGCCAGCCUGCUCCCGGUGACCGCCAACAGGCACGCCGUGCACUGGAACAGCUCCAACAUACAAUGACUACAACCCCUUCAUCCCCAAACUGGAGAAGAGCGUCAGUGGAAGCAGUCCGUCCCGGGACCGCCUGCUCAUCACCGUGGCGAUGCUCUUCUUUGUCGCCCUCAUCGUCUCCUAGCAACGGCCAUCCCAUCGGCACCGUGGGCAUUUGCCAUGCCAGCUAGCCUUGGGUGCGGGGGCGUUCGACCUGCGUGGGAGAGAGAGAUAGAGACUAGCGGCGUUGGGGAGGAGGUUGAGGAGAUGUUUUGGGAAGUGUCAUGAGAGGAGUGGAGCGGAGAACUGGCCUAAAGUUAAUUGUAACCACUCCAACAAACACAGUUUUCAAAUAUUUCUAUGUGUAUGUGCGUGUGUUUGAGUGUGCGAAUGGCGUGUGUGUGAAAGUGUGUGCAAGUCUGUGCAAGUUUGUGCAAGUGUGUGUGUCUGUGUGCGCGUGUCUGUAGGCGUGUCAGCAAUAAACAGCACAGACAGAGCUACACAUCACUCUUAGGUCAGAGGGUGUUUUGCUGAGGAGUCUGUGUGUCUCAGCAGGUCACAGGACAGACUUGUGGAAACAUGCAACACACAAAGUAUUUAGAGAGCCGGGGUGGAGACGACAGGGGAUCCUAAUACGAUUACCACCUUGAUCGAAUAACCGCCCAGUGGAAACCAAAGGCUGUUUGUUCGAAGGCCCCCUCCCUCCACCCCCGCCUCCCCCAAAAAACCACUCACCACCCCCCUGUGGCUGAUCCGCUGAACAACUUCAUGAGGCUAGUUUGCCAUAACUUUAUUUCUAUGAAACGUAAAAAAAAAAAAGAACUCAAAUGAACUAAAGUCAGUGGCUCUCAAAUUUAACCGAACUAAAAUGGCCUUUCUUUCCGGUUGUUAUUUUGUUUUUUGGACUUACACCAGAGACAGACACCUCUGGCCAACGGUGUCGGUGUGCGCUGACCCGUGCUGAUGGGUGUACGUAGCUGAUAGUUUAUAGACACACACCUUGGAGCUCCGGUGUAUUUAGAAACCCACUCUGCUGGAUCAUUUCUCCAUCCACCACAGUGAGUCUUACAGAACGUCAUCCCCACCAGCUGCUUUGCCCCGAGACGGAAGGAAGAUGGAGCAGGUAACGGGAAUAGGAUCGCCAUGGAGACGGAAGAAGCGACACAGGUGGUGGUGGUGGUGGUGGUGGUGGGAAGGGGACCACUGACCACAGUCAGUGGUCAUCAGCAGCUUGUUGUUUGUAGUUUGUCUCGUUUUCUCGUCACUCGUCUCAAGCACACCACCACUAGACAGACGGCUAUGGUGGGCACAAACACUCAGCAAUACUGCCCCCACCCCACCCUCUCCUCUCGCCCACCGCCUUCCUGUCUCAGCUGCCCUCCUGGAGAGCGGCCGACCGCUCGGAGGGAGAGGAAGGCUGACGGAGGAGAAGGGAGAGCGAGAGAGAGAUGGCUGCGUGUGAGCUGAAGGCUGAUCCAGGAUUCGGGACAGCCCUGCAGGGCCAUGCAACGCCACAUGCAUGGAGACAGGUCCAGGAUGUGACUGUGCGUGAGUGAGUGUGUGUGCGUGCGUGCAAAAAUAAAAUAUUUUACAUGAUACUAACAUCUAGAAAACACAUCAACAAACUUUACAUAGUUAAUUUUUAAAAUGCAAAAGUAAAAAAAAAAAAUAUUCAAUGCAAAACAACAAAAGCUGCAAGACAAACAUUUACACACCAAGUGCUUUGGUGGGGGGAUUGGGGGGGGCAGACAACGUUAAAGGGGUUCAACAAACUGUUCCCACCUGUUUAUUCAACAUAGUGUUCAUAGCAACUAGCACCUUAUUCACCAUGGUUACCCUAUCCUGCCAACGAGUGACUCUUCAGCCACGGCCCACCGUUGUCGUGGUGAUGAGGAUGGUGACGAACAUGGUGAUGAAGAUGGUGAUAGGACAUUUCUGACCCUUGACCCCUCAAGGUCACAGAGAUCUCACCUGCGAGUGAUUCAUGGACACUGGAGAACGUCUGUAUUUUGCCGAGGUGAAAUGUACUUUUUGUUUUCUUUUUACUUGAAGCCCAGUAUCAGUGUGGUCACUAUUGUUUCUGUUCUGGGUCAUCUGUUGGUUUACUGUGGUGUCUGGUGAUUGUGUCUGUGUGGGCUGUGGGACUUCACUAGGGCUGCCUGCUGCCAAUUAGUCAACUAAUUGGUCAAAUAAAGCUAUUCCACCUUACUGAAUAUCGUUUUGGUCUGGUUUACCGUAAUAACGUUUCUCCAACAAGACAUUUUAGCAUGUUUAUUCCAAAUAAGAUAUAUUCAGAAUGUUAUUUUUCAGAUCAAGUAUUGUUCAUAUGUUACAGCUGAAAUUUAUUUUACAGUAUCAUUCAAACGGUCUCCACAGUCUUUAUCGGUUAGUCGACUAAUUUCUCUUUGGCAGCAGCCCAGUUUGAUUGAACAAUGCUGGAUUUCAUGUGUAGGAAUGGCAACCAAUGUAUAUGUUUUCAUCCAGGGAAGACGGAGGUCAAAGGUCGAACCCUGUGACUGGCCACUGGCCUGGAGGGUGGGGACCCACACCCACAGGGGGAGGGAGGGGAGGGUGUGAUACUCGACAGUAGAGUUGGAGAGGGGGCCCUGGGGGAAGGGUUGGGUGUCACCGUGUCACUCUUCAAAAGUUGCACUUACAAAUGUAGACACAAGUGGACUUGUCUGUGUGUGUGCGUGUUACAGUGCGUGAGAGGAGGACAUCGUAACAAUAGCUUGUGCUCUGGUCCUCGCUUCCUAAGUGAUAGCGUGAUAGAGGUGGAUUAGACAGUGAGGAGCUCAACUAUGUUUUUCCCAUUAAACUCACAGCGUGUGCGUGGUUGUGUGUCUGAGACCCAUUGUUGUCUGGGAAAAACUACAAAAGCAUUUAUUUGUGUUGGCAACAACAGUUACAAUCAUGUUUACCUUUGACUGGAAUGACUUUAAAUGAACUUGAAAAAAAAACUGUAAACUGAUUAAACUGUUACAGAGAUAAUAACAGCGAUUAUGAUAACAAAAUAAUAAGCUUACAAAUCAUACUUUUAA